CCUUCAAGGCUCUCAACCAUGUGUUGAUACGUUCACGAGAUAGUGUGAUUCUUUAAUACAAUCAAAAAAUUAUCGUACAUUUAUGAUCAACAUUGAAGACGCAGCAAGAAGAUUAAAAAAAUGUGGAGUCAUUAUACUCAAAAAUUGCAAUUUAGUGUCUUCCUUGCAUUUAUGUGUAUUUAUUUUUCUAAUGUAAAGGUUGAUGCCUCCAUUGUGAAUGAUAAUUUCCAUGCAGUGGCUAAUCAACAGAAAGGAGAUGUCAAUUUGAAUGAUCCUUACUUUGCCAGAAAAUUCAAAUGUCCAUUGUGGUUUGGUAUGUUUCCUGAUGUUGAAGAUUGUUCUAGGUAUUACAUGUGUGUAGGAGGGAGAGCUAGUCGCAUGCGUUGUCCUCCAUUCUUAAAUUUUGAUAAGUACACUCGACGCUGUCUUUCAAAAUGGAUCGCAACCUGUGACAAGGGAGAAGACGAUAAAUACAGCACUCUUCCAGAGCAAAGAACAACCCCUGUGAAAGAGAAAAUAUUUAUGUGCAGAAAUAUGUUUGGAACAUUCCCGCAUCCGACAGACUGUUCAAAGUAUUACACGUGUUAUUUCUUCAUGCCAUCUUUAAGAACCUGUCCCAAAGAGAAGCUAUAUGAUGGAGGGAGGAAAGAAUGCAGACCUGAAAGCGAAGUAGAGUGUGAAUCAGGAAAUAGACAAACAACCACAAUGAGAAUUGUCUCCACCCCUUUAUAUACAGAGUCAACUACUCGUGAAAUUGUAACUAUUCCUGAAGAAAGUACUCCAGAAACUACAACUACUCCAACAAUUGCAGAAGAAGAAACAACUACUGAAAUGCCAACUGGCCCGCCUGAAAAUGAUUGUGAUGAAGAUGAUCUUGAUUGUAUUAUCACGGUAACUGGACAAAUUCCCUUGUGGUACAAAUGUCCUGCAAAACUUGACUCCUUUAGCCAUCCAAGCAGCAGAAGACUCUUCAUUUUCUGCAUCAAUUGGAAGCCAAAAGUGAAAAAAUGCGGCCAAGAUUUGAUUUACUCACAGAAAUUGAAAACUUGCGUUUCACCAUAAAAUUUUUAUCUUGAUAAUUACCCCUGAAUACCAACAAGAUCAUCUUUUUUCUUCCUUUUAAUGAAACAAUGUGUAUUUUAAUCCUUUUAACUGCUCUCGAGUUUUAGGGUUUCGUAUGUCUGCUCUCAACCACUGAUUCCUACUGAGUGACAAUAAA